AUGUCCGCGAAACCGCUUGUUGACAUUAACAAUCCAUCACUCCUCUGGUCGCGUACACUUACAGUCCAUUUUAUAGGCCGGAUUUUCUCCUACCCGUCUCAACUAACUUGGGAGUUCACUGCCGAUAAGCCGAUCCGCAGCUUCUUCCCACUAUGGCCGACCUACGAGGUGCCGAUGAAUCUAUUGAAGUGGUUCUAUACGGAAACCGGAACCCCAAACCCUCCUCCACAGCUGGUAUACUAUGCGCUGCGUGGAGUAAUGUUCCUAUUCAGCUUUGUGUUGGAAGACUGGGCUGUAUAUGAGCUGGUUCCCUUGCCGCGCCAUCGCCGCGCGACAGUAGUCCUGGUGGCAUCCUCGUAUGUCACCUGGACAUAUCAGACGCACACCUUCUCAAACUCGCUCGAGACCCUCUUGGUGGCCUGGAAUUUAGUUCUGAUUCGUCGCAUUAUUGAGAACAAGCGACAUUCCUCGAUUUUCUCUUGCGCUGUGCUAUCCUUGAUCGCAGUCGUAGGUGUCUUUAAUCGAAUUACCUUUCCUGCCUUCGUCCUCGUUCCAGGACUCCAGCUACUCCCUCAUUUCUGGCGCAGACCUUUCUCCUUCCUUACCGUCGUCGGAUUUGGCCUGCUAUUCUUCUGCCUUGCCGUCUUGGUUGAUACGGCUUUUUACAACCAAUCUGCGCCUCUGUGGGAAGCCCUUGACGAUCCCAUCAUCACCCCGCUCAACAAUCUGCUCUAUAAUACCAAUCAGUCCAACUUGGCGCUUCAUGGACUCCACCCCCGUUACCACCACUUUCUAGUGAAUCUUCCCCAGCUUCUAGGACCGGCAUAUAUCGUCAUGAUUCUAUCAGUAUUCAACUUAUCGGCCGUUCCAUUUUGGUUGAGGGAUAUGCGCGCUAUUUCUGCCAUUUCAGCAACUGCCCUGCUCUCUAUUUUCCCUCACCAGGAACCCCGUUUUCUGCUUCCUUGUGUUCCUCUUCUCAUCAGCUGUCUGCGCUUGCGCAACACCCGGAAGUCUCGGCUGUUUCUCGUCACAUGGAUGAUUUUCAAUGCUACUCUAGGAUUUCUUAUGGGAGUUUAUCACCAAGGAGGAGUUGUGCCUGCACAGCUUGCGAUGCGGUCUAUCAUCUCAGCAAGUGCCUGUGGGUCAGAUCUUGCCCCCAUUGGUUCUCACCACAAAGCAUCUGCAACCGUGCUGUGGUGGAAAACCUAUUCUCCUCCACGCUGGCUUUUGGGGAAUGACUCCACCCUCCCUUUGGAUAUCAGGACCCGGGAUUUGAUGGGUAUGCCAGGAUCAGAGCUAGUCACAGAGCUCAAUGAACUGGUCCCAUCAUGCCAAGAGAAGGAGAAAGCUGAGGGCCACGGUUUGAUUCCACCCUCAGUCUUCGUGGUUGCCCCCAAGUCCGCUACAUUCCUUGACCGAUAUGUGGCUCCGUUGCCCUCAUCAUCCGACCCGUCUGAUCUUGAGCUGCAGGAGCUAUGGUAUUGGAGCAAUCACCUCAAUCUAGAUGAUCUUGACUUUGGUACCGACGGCAUCCUCCCGACACUGGGACGGGUGAUUGGAAGAAGAGGACUGGCUGUGUGGAAAGCACGGAGGUCUGGAUGUGCUUGA